UUCUCUUUCGGAUCAUCUCUCUGGACAAGGACUUCUACCCCCUGAACGAGAAGUUCCCAUUUGUCUAUGUUCAGGAUCCUCAGAGGAACCGUGUGUACCAGUGGCAAGGGGUGGAGCUGGAGACUGGCUUUACACAGCUCUCCUUCCCCCUCACUUCAGACCCCAUCCAAGGCUCCUACAAAAUCGUCGUGCAGAAGAGCUUCUCCUCCCGCGUGGAGCACUCCUUCAGUGUGGAGGAGUAUGUGCUGCCCAAGUUCGAGGUCCUGGUGAAGCUGCCCAAGAUGAUCACUAUCAAGGACAAGGAGCUGCCAGUGUCUGUCUGCGGCCUGUACACCUAUGGGAAACCUGUUCCUGGUGUGGUGAAGGUCCAAGUGUGCAGGAAAUAUUCCCAUUCUGCCUCCAGCUGUUAUGGGAAAGAAGCAGAAGCUGUGUGUGAAGAAUUCACUAAGCAGGUGGAUGCUCGUGGGUGUGCCUCUGGCACAGUGAGGACCAAGAUGUUUCAGCUCCAGCGCAGGGGAUACGAGAUGGAGAUUGAGGUACAAGGCAAGGUCACAGAAAAUGGCACAGGAACAGAGAUGACUGGAACAGGCACCUGUGGAAUCACAUCCACCAUGAGCAAAAUCAGCUUUGAGCUGCUGGACUCUCAGUACAGACCAGGGAUCCCACUCUUUGGGAGGGUGAAGCUGGUGGAUGGCACUGAUGCUCCCAUCGCCAAUGAAACCAUCACGAUCUCUGUGGAUGGAGACAGGUACAAAGGGAACUACACGACAGACGAGCAGGGGCAGUGCUGGUUCUCCAUAGACACUGCUGCCUUCACACAGGCCUCCCUGGAGAUCCGAGCUGAGCACAGCCCUGACCUGAACUGCUACGACAGCGAGUGGGUGACACCUUCCCACGAGCACGCCCUGCGCAGAAUAACCCGCUUCUACUCCCCCAGCAAAAGCUUCCUCAAAAUCCAGCCAAAGCCCGAGACACUGAGCUGUGGCUCCCCCACAGAGAUCCAGGUGCACUAUAUCUUCACACCAGAAGCCAUAGGAGAGCAGAAGAAAAUUGUCAUUUACUAUUUGGUGAUGGCCAAGGGAAGCAUUGUCCUAGCAGACACCCAUCAUCUGACAGUGAACCCUGGAGAUGGCCGUGGGACGUUCCAGCUGGUGGUGCCCGUGGCGGCAGCGGUGGCUCCCCUGGCACGGGUGCUGGUGUACAGCACCUCCCCUGCUGGGGAGGUCAUUGCCAGCUCAGCUGAUCUCCAGGUUGAAAGCUGCCUCCCCAAUCCCGUCAGGUUGAACUUUGCACCCCAGGAAGGGCUCCCUGGCUCCAAGGCACGUCUGGAGCUCCACACCUCCCCAAAAUCCCUCUGUGCCCUGCGUGCUGUGGACAAGAGCGUUCUCCUGAUGAAACCUGAAGAUGAGCUCUCUCCUAGCUCUGUAUAUGAUCUUCUCCCACUGAAGGAAAUCCGGGGUUACAGCUUCAAGGAUUACUACCUGGAAGAGGACAAUGUAAACCCUUGUGUGUCACUUGAUGACAUACUUUUAAAUGGAUUUGUCUACGUACCCAUUUCUCCUGAUGGGGAAGGUGAUGCCUAUGACAUUCUCAAAGACCUGGGCUUAAAAGUCUUCACUAGCAACAAGAUCCACAAGCCUGAAAUCUGCCAGCAGUACCCAGGACACAUGAUGGAAAGGAGUUACAGUGGUUAUUUUGAUGCUGAAAUAAUGGAACAUAUGGUUGGUGGCAACCCUGUGGAGACCAUCCGGAAGUACUUCCCUGAGACCUGGCUCUGGGACAUCAUUCCAGUGAA